AUGGCCUCUGGAGAGACUUACUGCUUCCAAGAGAAAGAAGCAAAGCAGGAAGUAAAAUUGCUCACUAUAGCCUGUCGUUUCGUUCCAUACGAUCAAUGGCUUGUCACUCAUGUGGAUUCUGCCUGGACGAUUAAUGAAGUUAAGUCAUGGAUAGUGGCUAAAUGCAUAGCAAGUAGUCCUUCUCGGACCAAUCCCACCUCGAACUUCAAUCUACCACCCAUACAUCCCCCCGCUAAACCAAAAACGAAACCCUCUCGUCGUCCAGCAUCGCCCAUCGUCUUCGCAGAAUUUCCACCCUCAAAUGGAGGUCCAAUUCACAGUCCUGCCUCCAAGUUGGAUGGAAUAUCGAAGGAAGAUAAAUUCAAGCGCAAAAAACGAAGAAGUCGAGGAAGGCCUAUUUCACCUAUAACCUUUGCGCCCAUCGGCGUCGUAGAUCCCCAGGAUGAUAGUGAAGAUGAUGCUGUAAAGUUAAAGGACGAAGGAGAAGUGAUUGGUAUGGGCUAUGAAGAAGAUGAUGAAUGGGACUCCCAGGAGGAUGAGUCUGAUAUCGACGAGCUCGAGCUUGAGCUUGAUACCAACCCUCGUAUGGGCAGGCGUGCCAACCGAAAUCAAUAUCUAGGCUUUUAUGACCGACCUUCGAUUGGCCAGCGAAGUGUUCUACCUCCCUCUGUUGCCUCCAGGAUUCUACCCAGCAAAACGCGCGUGAACCCGGCCUCGCUUCCUAGAGGCUCUCACACCACGUAUCAUCCCAAUUUUCUCAACCUCAUUCGAUUCUCUACAGGACAAAUCCUUGAAAAGCACUACACCAUUGUCGAUUAUGACAUACAGCCCUACGAACUUCUAGAGGUUCAUCGUCUAGGAGUUGUGACCAAACUUCCGCGGGAGAUUACUUCAAAGUAUAUCGAGCCAUAUUGGGAAGGCUGGGUGAAAGCCCUUCGACUUGUUUUUCGUGAGCCUCAUGUGGUCACUGAAGUCCGGUCCCUGGCUCGCGAGGGAUCUAGCAGGCGAAAAGAUGCUUCUGUCGAAGAAGUGUCCAAAGCAGCCAGCUCGCAUGCUGAAACCGCUCGGAGGACCAUGGAAGUCCUCGCAGGAGGGCCUGUCAAGGUUGCUUCGUUUUCCCCUGCCGAUGUUGCGCUGGGCCUCAGACCUCCUCCUUCUUCCAGGGUCAAGAUGAAGAAAGAUAGACACUCAGUUGGGAAUGAUCUGGAUAUUCAUACAUCGAUGUGGAAAUCGACCAAACUAAGUAACAGCAACUAUCAUGACAUGGCGUCCCUUAGUCGAAAUGCUACUGCUCCGACCUCGAAGUCUAGCCUUACUCAAAAUAUCUCUAAUAACAGACAUCGUUCGAAAGGAAAGGGAGGAAAGCUCGAAUGGCGCGAACGAUGGGUUUUCAUCAAAGAUGGCGUUUUACAUUUGAAGAAGGAAAAUUCUGAAUUGUCCUCGACAACCGCUCAAAUUCUUCCUUUGGAUUCACUCACAGAAAUACGCAAUGCUGACCAGCUCGGGCGAACAUUACCGUCUUCUCUACCUCAAUACAUUGUAUGUGCGAAGUUCAAGACGCCGAUAACCACGACCAAACAUCCCGCUUCCGUAUCACCGAGCCCCUCAUAUGCGAGACGCGCUUCACAGAGCAACACCUCCAGUCACACCCCCGAUUCAUAUUCUACGCUAAAAACCCCCGUUAUCUUGUCCAAGCCUUCUUCUUUAUCAAGGAGCGAGAGCAUGUCUCAUCCUAGAAAUAGCUCGAAUUAUUCUGCUCUGACGGGGAAUCCAAACGAAGGACCCAGUCGACCUACGCCCUCAUCGUCUUCAAUAUCAAGACCGAAGAUCAUGCUACAGAUCAAACCUCUUCCGCCUCCUCCUCCUACUUCUAAAGUUAUACUAAACAAGGAGCCCUCGUCCUCCAUGAUCAUUUCGGACAGAGAUAAGGGCAAGGGUGAAACGCCAUUGGAUUCUCUAUCUUCACCUCGUCUUUUAUCGGCAUCGGAACGGAGAGUUCUUUUCCACCCGGAAGUUAUCAGCGGGCGUACUAGUGAAAAUCUUUCUGAGGUACAUACCGAAGAGGAAGGGGCUGCGUCGGACGAUGAAGCCGACGCUGUUGAUCUAGUUGGUGGCCGGAAGAAAUUACCCGUGGUUUCAAGCCCUCACAUCAGCGACCGUAAACACCCCCACAUUAUAAUGGAGUCAGACGCUGAUUCAGACCGCUCCGGAAGUACACUCUCGUCUCCUGUCUUUGCACAUACCGAGAAUGACAGCCCAUUUUCGGACGGGCCUGCACGUAGUUAUGGUUACAGCAAUGGUCAAUUUGGUGGCACAUCGGAGUGGCGAAGGAAGGGAAUUAAGAUCAACUCGUCCACAACACUGAAGCGAGGGGGGAUGUGGUAUAAAGAAGAGGACGAGGGUAAUACUGAGGUUGAUACUAGCUAUGUUGUUGUCAGCGGGGCUGACGACAACGCAGAGGGUCCUAGUUCCACGAAAGGUUCAAAUACGAGGCAAAAUUUAACAUCGCAGAAUUCCGGAAAAAAACUUGAUCCCGAAUCAGAGUGGGUUGUCUUGGACCUCGGAGACGAUUUUGCUUUCAAAUCGUUCCUUCGUGUUAUUCACCGUCAUGCACCUCAUGUUGUUGACUCCAGCUUUCUAUCAAACCUUCCUCCAUUUCAGAUGCCAAAAUCUUCUAACGUCCCUGCCGCACCUGCUCCGACCCCGACCUUUCCUUCAUCAUUCCCUACACCAGAGCAAGCGAUGCCCCCCUCGUUUGCUCGGUGGUCAUGGAGUACCCAGAAUCAAGAGCGGCGAUCUUCUCCUGAUGAGGUCUCCCCAAUUACUCUUUCUGCUAAGGAGCUAAAUCAAAGUUCGAGUUCCCCCCUUGCUCGCAUUGAAGCUCCUACGGAAGUCAUUUCCAAUCCCAACUCUUCCUGGGUGAAUGAUACCCCAGCUGGCACUCAAUCCCUCGUAUCACCGAUUACUGCACCCAAAGAUUCAAGACAAUUUCGCCUUCCGCCCUCUCCUCGUCUUCUCGCUACCAUGUCGAACACACAGAAUUCCAGUACUCAUACGUCUUCGCUACUCAAUUCUACACUCGGUCGGCGACAAUCCGAAACUAAGCAGUUAAACAUUUUAAGUUCUCAGCAGAAAAACUCCCUUGGAACUUUCGGUGCUCUUCCGUAUCCAGAGUGGCGUCUCGAGGUCGUGACCAAGGCCCAAAGAGCUGGUAUGGGUGAACUCACCAAGGCUAUGGAUCAGUUCCUGUGGGGUGACAAUCCGGGUCUCGCGCAGCUUACGAGGGAAUUAGGGCUAAGGAUAGCCCCAAUGGAACUCAUAAGGAGCCCAAGCAUCCAAUCCGCGGCUGGCGAUCGAAUUUUCGACAACGAGGAAGGGGACAGUGCAGAGGAUGCCAUUAGUAUGCGGAGGCAGCGGAAGCGCAAGGAUAGAAAAUUGACCUUGGAGCAAGAGAAUAUCGCCAUUGGGCUCAAAUUUCCUGGUGGUGGAAAUCUUUCUAGUAGAACUUUGAUCGAUUCUGGCCAGCAAAUUGCUCUGGUGUCCACCACCAACAUCUCUACCUCUAGUUCUGAUAUUCUCCGUCCUUCUUUGAGGCUUGAUUAUGUUGAUAUCGACUCGAGCGAGAGUGGUGAAGAAAGUAGUGAUGCGGAAUGGGUCGGUUGGAUGGCAGAUCUUCAUCGCCAAGCUAGACUGCAUCGAGAAGAGAAUGCCCGGCUUGACCGCCUGGAGACUGAAAGCCUUGCAAGUUCUACAGACACGAAUGACUACUGGGAUUACCAACAGCAAGAUGACCAUCGUCGUUAUCAGGAAGAGCGCAGGGCGCUAGAGCCGACCGGGGUUGUUACGUCAUCUUCACCGUAUACGAUUCCAACUUCACCCAACACAAUUCUAACUUCACCCCUCGUACGUCAAAAAGAAGUGGGCCUACCGCAAUAUGCCUCCUCGACAUCUAUUCCCUCGGAAACCACAAUCAAUUGUGUCCCUGGAUCUACUGCAUCUGUAGGGACUAGCGCGGUGACUCCGACUUUUCAAAGGCCCGCCACUCCAGACAAUAUACUUGUCGUCGGAGGACCAUCAUUCCUCACCUCUCCAUCGUCGAACGAAAGUUUGAAUAGACCCCACGGGCGUCGGUUGAGCUUUGGUCUAUCUCCGUCUGACCCUCCUUCCUCUGCGACAUCGCCUUCGUUGUCGCAAGCGGGUCAUAGCGUGGAAAUGACUCUCCUUGAGCAUCAGCAAUUGAAUUCCCGUUCAAACAAGCAUACUCGUCAGAUCAGUGGCAUGGUGCGGGACGGUCCGAACUUGUCGCACUAUGCGUCAACAGGACUGAUUGGUACAACUAGCGAGCUUCUGGAAUUGGAAUUGCAAAAUUCUAGUCUUACUUCUGCUCGACGACCGAGCAUGCCUAUCCUAGGCUCUACAUCCUUUGCGACGCAACCAGACAAGCCACCAACUCCCCCUCUGAUCCCCGACUUUCACCAUACAGGAACAACUUUGGGUGGGUUGUCUGCAGAGUCUUCACGGUUAGCUGCUGGCGCUAAACUAGCGCGAUUGAUAGGUUCGGACAAAUCAUAUGACCAUACCGUAGCAGUAACGAUCCCGCGACGUUCCAGUAUUACCGGCUCUGUAUCUUCUGUCUCUUUGGGCCGCUCAUCGAGUAAGGCACCUGGCUUACUUCGCAAAAAAGGUUCAGAAAAUGCCAAGGGUAGAAAUAUAAUGGAAAAAAGGGAAGCGGGACACAAUCAAGAUCGGGAGAUGCUUUUCGUGCAGCAGAAAGAAAAAUCUCGGAAGGGGAAAGGUAAGGAGCGAGAAAUUGACAAGAUAGUGCAGGAUCAUAGUGGCGAGGACAAAUCCCGUCGGCAAAGGCUAUCUCUCCCGCUAUCGAACAGUUUGACCCAUACGCACGUUUCCACAUCCAAAAUGCUGAGUCCGCUUCCAACAAGCCCAGUACUCCCCUCCAGAGAUAUACGGCGUACUAAAUCUGGGCAACGUUUGCGCGAGGAAAUACCUGUGAUAAAAAAGGAAAAGAAGCGAGGUUUAGUGAGAGAGAAGGCGGAAAGGCUGUUGCAAAACCUGGAGUCGAAGUUGGAUUUCGUGGACGAUUGA